ACAUUAGUUUGUCUAGCACUACCAACUCUUUAAUAAGUACUAAAUAGUAGUAAACUACAAAAGGAGGCAGACUUUCCUCGACAAGUCAAAACAAGGAGGAUAGCUACGUACAUGAUUGGCUAACGCGACAUUGACGUCCGUUUCUGGGUGUGGAAAUUCUCAACAUCAACAAAAAGAGAAAGAAAUGAGAACUAGAGAUUAAAGGGAACAAACAGAAUAGUUUGGGACGUGAGAAUAUGUCGAUGUAACUAACAUAACAGUGGAAGGAUUUCAGAUUUCUGUAACAAUCCAGUCUAGACAUGGAAGCCGUUAAACUUAUGAGGGAGCUGAAAACCAAUUUUGAACAGGAGAUUUAUUAUCUYCCGAAAGAAACGGGACUCCACCUGAUCGAAUCAACCAGAGAGAAUGCCAGCCAAGGAAUCWCAGCUAAAUGUAGGGACGUCAAAGUGGAAGACCUCUGGAGCCUGACCAGUUUCUUUGGGUACAGCACCCAGACCUUCGUUCUGGCAGUCAACCUGCUGGAUAGAUUUCUGGCCAUGAUGAAAGUCCAACCCAAACAUUUAGCCUGCAUUAGCAUCAGCUGCCUCCACAUCGCAGCCAAAUCAGUCGAAGAAGAGUGCAACGUGUCUUCCACCAAUGAACUUAUUCGUAUCAGCCAGUGCAAGUUUACAGUCUCGGACCUCACUCGCAUGGAGAAGAUCAUUUCWGAGAAACUCAACUUCCAACUCGAAGCCAUCACAGCCUUAACCUUUUUGCACCUAUACCAUAGAAUCACACUCUCACACACCUCAGACAGUAAGGAGGCCCUGAACCUGAACACACUAGAGGCCCACCUCAAAGCCUGUCUCUGCCGCAUCACAUUCUCCAAAGCUAAACCGUCCGUCUUGGCCCUGUCACUCCUCACUCAAGAGAUUGAAGCCAUGCAGUCUGUUGACAUGCUAGAAAUAGCACAUAGUGUUCAGAGACAUCUCAAGAUCACUGACACUGAGCUGCUACACUGGAGGGGGCUAGUGGCCAAGUGUAUGUCUGACUACUCUUCUCCUGAAUGUAGCAGACCCAACAAUAAGAAGCUUGUCUGGGUCGUGUCGAGAAGGACAGCUCAGAACCUUCACACCAGCUCCUACAGCGUCCCUGAACUGCCAACCAUUCCUGAGGACUGCUGGGACGAAAGCGAGGACUCGUGUGAAGACAUGAGUUCUGGGGAGGAGAGCCUGAGCAGUUCCCUGGGCUCUGAUGCAGAGGGCCCUUACUUCCCUCUUUACCUCCUCUGCCAAAGCAACCACCGAAACAAAUGCCACCAUACCAAACCCCUGUGAAGGAGCCACAGUGCCUGGGUUCCACCGUUUAUAUACUGUAGGGUUAUGUUCAUUAGUGAAACGUUUUGUAGCGUUAGACACAUUUAGCAAGUCACGUUUAACCUGUGACAGCACAUUUUGGUUCCUGGUGAAUACGACCCAGAAAAAAAACGAGAGAAAAAAACAACGUUCCUAUAAAACAUAUUUAAUUUUCUUAGUUCAAUAGGGCUACCAGUGUGGCCUGUUACAAACCGAUCAAUAUACUGUAUCUAUCUUAUUUUAAGCUAAACAAAAAAGACAUUAUUGGGAAGACUUAAACAAUCCUGAAAGGCAGCGGAAUCCAUCAACUCAAAGAUAAAACGUUUUUAAAACUAUUUUUGUUGUUGUAGAUGUAGCGUUAAAGUGUUGGUGGUGCAUGUUUGGAUUUGUAACAUUCCAGCCACAUCAGACAGUCUACAUCUCAAACGGUAUCCUAUGUAGUGCACUACUUUGAACCAGAGCCGAAUGAGCCCUGGGUCAAAAGUAGUGCGCUAUAGAGAAUAAUAGUGUACCAUUUAGGAUGCACUGUAGAACACAGCCAAGGUACAAUAGACUUGUCUGGGGAGUUACAACAUGUACAUUACAUGUUAUCGUUGAGUUGUGUUCAGUGCCCGGUGGUCCGGUUAACCCUCUACAAGGUUCAACUGUCAAAAGCCAACAUCUGUUUGCAUGUUAUUAUUCAGAAAAACAACAUGUGUGUGUGUGUAUGAUCUAGUUAACCUCUAAAUUUGCCUAUUUUUUUAUUUUUUUUAGGUCGUAGGAUAACUUAUAUUUGGAUGGUAUGUAAGCUAGCUCUGUGGAAGAAAAAUGUAUGGGUGGAGUUUCUCAUAAUGUAAAUUUGUAUAAUGUAAAAAAAGAAAAAAAAGCUGUGAAUAGUAUCUUUGUAGAUAUUAACUUAUUUGUAAUUAUUUUUGCCAAUGUUGUAUGACAACAAAAAAAACUAUUUUGACAUCUGAAUCUCUGGUCUUUUUGAUUUUGACUAUCAAAAAUAGUUGUUUGAAAUGUUUUGCUUCAGUAAGCUGUAUGCCUGUACUGGCCUAUUUGAACACAACCCAGAGGCAAUAACUUUGGA